AUGGCCGCAGAACGACCCGGGGGCGACGCUGAGUGCGACGGAUUAACCGUGGACGCGUUAAAAGGCGUCUCAGAAGUAGAUAUAGAGAAGUCGCAAGACGUUGAGAAGGCGGCUACAGCCGUAGACAAGGAGGCGAGGACGGCAGCUGCACUUGUGCACGAGGAGGCGGAAAAGGCCGCUACAUCCGUAGACAUGGGGAAGGCGGCUACACUUGCGGACGAGGAGGCAGAAAAGGCCGCUACAGCCGUAGACGUGGGGAAGGCGGCUACACUUGUGGACGAGGAGGCAGAAAAGGCGGCUACAGACGUAGACGUGGGGAAGGCGGCUACAGUUUUGGACGAGGAGGCUGGGAAGGCGGCUACAAAUGUGGAGGAAGAGGCUGGGAAGGCGGCUACAGCCGUAGAGAAGGAGGCUGGGAAGCUGGCUACAGCCGUGGACGAGGAGGCUGGGAAGGCGACUACAAAUGUGGAGGAGGAGGCUGGGAAGGCGACUACAAAUGUGGAGGAAGAGGCUGGGAAGGCGACUACAGAUGUGGAGGAGGAGGCUGGGAAGGCGACUACAGAUGUGGAGGAAGAGGCUGGGAAGGCGACUACAAAUGUGGAGGAAGAGGCUGGGAAGGCGGCUACAGCCGUAGAGAAGGAGGCUGGGAAGGCGGCUACAGCCGUGGACGAGGAGGCUGGGAAGGCGGCUACAAAUGUGGAGGAGGAGGCUGGAAGGGCGGCUACAGCCGAGGAGGCGGAGUUAGGGGAAGUGACAAUAGCGGGGGCUGCUGCUGAGGAGGAGUUACACCAAGUGACAAUAACGGAAGCAGAGGCUGUGACUGGUGAGCCAGCUGAGGCGGAGUUAGACCGGGUGACAAUAACGGGGGGAGAUGCUGAGGAGGAGUCACACCGAGUGACAAUGGCGGAAGCAGAGGCUGUGACUGCUGAAGCAGCUGAGGGGCGAUUAGACCGGGUGACAAUAAUGGGGGGGAAUGCUGAGGAGGAGGAGUCACACCAAGUGACAAUGGCGGAAGCAGAGGCUGUGACUGCUGAAGCUGUUGAGACGCCUUUUGCUGUUGCUGCUGAAGCUGUGCUCUUGGCAGGCGCUCCUGUACCGGAUGCCCUUAUAACAGAUGCUCCUAUGACGGAUGUUCUUGUAACGGAUGCUCCUGUCACGGAUGCUCUUAUAUUGGAUGCUCUUGUAUCAGAUGCUCCAGUAACAGAUGCUCUUGUAACGGAUCCUUCUAUAGAUGAACCUGGAUCAGUUCCGAAUGAAGGGGCCACUGGGGGAGCCACCAGGGGAAGCACUUGGGGUGUUACCAAGGAGGGCGUUACUGGGGGAGGCGAUAUGCUGCUACAGUCUACAGAUGAUGAGGAGACAGAGGAUGAGUGCAGCAUAGAAGAAGGUUCCUUUAAUGCAGAGGGAAUGGAGAAAGACGGGCUUGAAUUUGGCUGCAGAGAGCAAGGCGAGGCCGUGUAUACUAGCAGGGAGCAAGGCGAGAUGAGUUCAGCAGCAGAGGUUGGGGCUACAGGCACGGAUGUGAAGCGAGAGGCGGAGGAGGAAGAGGGACCCCUCGCCCGAACCAACGCCAUCGCCCACACCAUGCGAAAGCUCAUAGUCUUCGCCACUCUUGCCGUCCGGGGCGGCUUGGACUCCCUACUCAAGCUUGAGUUCUCCCAUUUUGUCGUUUUGAACCGGGGAGGGGAGUACCUGUCGCCGCAGUUUCCGGGCGAGCAUGUUGCGUUUGUGCCGCCGCCGAGCCUCGCGCCGAGCCUCGUGCAGAAGCAGUUCUUCCCGAACCUGCAGAACCCGAUCCUGUGCCCGGUUCGGAUUUUGGACGAGGAGGCUCGGAUGCGCCCGCCCGGAGCUGCGCCGAGCCUGUUUCUGUCGGCGAAGUUUUCUCGCGUGCCUUCUUUCGGGCCUCUGAACAGCUACGCCCGCCACCCCAUGGGCCGCACCAACCUGGCUCGCUCCGCCGCCCACCUGGCAGAUGCUGCCGGGCUGACCCACGUGGGCAGGAGAUUUUUCAGGUCACUUGGCGUUACUCUACUGUUCAUGGCUGGAUUCUCCUUAGAAGAGGUUUUAAGGGAGGCGAAUUGCUCUGUUAAGAUUUUAUACACUUUGUACUCGCCAGAAGAUGAUGGGGGAGGGGGAGGGGAGGUGGGGGAGCAAGCGGGGGGAGGGGGGGAAGAGGGGGGAGAGGGGGAAGAGGGGGAUGAGGACGGGCAAGGGGAGGAGGAGGGGAGGUAUGGGGGAGGGGAUGGUGGAGGAGAGGGGGUAACCAGAGGGGAGAUGGCGGGGGAAGGGGAGUUGCAGCAGCAGGUGGGGGUUCAGGUGGGGAACCGGAUGGGGCAACAGAGCCAGGUGAAUCAGCAGAUUCAGGCGAAUUCUCAGGUGCCACUGAACCAAUUUCAGGGAGAAGGACCGAUGGGGGAGACAUUGGGGGGAACUAUGGGGGAAGGGAUGGGGGGACCGAUGGGGGAGAGAUUGGGGGGAGUGAUGGGGGAGAGAUUGGGGGGACCGAUGGGGGAGAGAUUGGGGGGAACGAUGGGGGAAGGGAUGGGGGGAGGUGCAGGAGAAGAGAUGUGGGGAGGGACCGCUGCUGCUACAACCACUCAAUUACAGGGGCAGAAAAACGGGCAGAUAAAAACACAUGCGUCUGCACAGGAGAAAACCCUUGCGAACGGGAAUCGAAGGAAGAAGGUGCAGAGUCAAGGAGAUGAGGAGAAUGGGAUACAGAAUCAAAUCCAGACUUCCCAGCUGCUGCAGCAAUUGCAGGAGUAUCAGACAGAAUGUAUACAGCUACAGUCGCAGCUGCAGAAGCUACAGUUGCGCAUGGGGCAGAUACGGACAGAACUCGCCGCCCGGGGGGUGAACGUUUCUGUGGAUUGUGUAGAGGGGGACUUGGGGGAGAGCUUGGGGGGUGUUUCGAGGGAGAAGUGGCAAAAGAGGUUUUCACAGCACCGACCACAGGCAGACCAACAGCAGCAGCAGCAACAGCAAAUUCAGCAGCAGAAUCAGCAGCAACAGCAGCAGCAGCAGCAGCAGCGAAAUCAGCAGCAGCAACCUGCAAACUCGAGAGUUAUUAACGGGGGUGCUCCCUUUUACCUGGGCGGCACAGGGACAGGUGGCACGAUGCUAUUGGCUGGAAGCUCGACCAAUCACGCCUCAUUCCCUGCUGUUUUGGCUCCUGCGGUUUCCCCUGCUGUUGCAUUUGCAGCAGCAGCACGCAACACCUAUCUGCCAGUUGCUCCUCAUUCUGCUGCUGCUGCUGCUGCUUCUGCUGCUGCUGCUGCUGCUGCUGCUUCUGCUGCUAAUCCUGCUACGCCUAUUGCUUCUCCUGCUGCUGCUCCUGCUGCUGCUUCCGCGGUUGUUGCGGCUGUUGCUGCUACUCUUGCCCAUUACGCAAAAGGGUUGCCUCCUCUCCCGACUCCUCUCUCCAUGGGUUAUAACGCCACAGGCAGAAGUAUCAUUCCAACUGCUGGCUCUGGUGCUUCUGUUGCUGCUGCUGGUGUGAUGGGCGGUUCUGGUGUGAUGGGUGGUGGUGGUGUGAUGGGUGCUAGUGGUUUGAUGGGUGGUGGUGGUGUGAUGGGUGCUAGUGGUUUGAUGGGUGGUGGUGGUGCGAUGGGUGCUAGUGGUUUGAUGGGUGGUGGUGGUGUGAUGGGUGGUGGUGGUGUGAUGGGUGCUAGUGGUGUGAUGGGUGGUGGUGGUGUGAUGGGUGGUGGUGGUGUGAUGGGUGGUGGUGGUGUGAUGGGUGCUAGUGGUGUGAUGGGUGGUUCUAUGGGUGGGGUAACGGGGGGUGGUUUGGGGGGUGGUAUGGGAGGGGUUAUGGGGACACAGGGAAUGGCAGGGAUGGGAGCAGGGGUGAUGGGAGCAGGAGGAGGGGGAGGAGCGGGACGAAUGGGGGUUAUGGGGGUAGGCGGAAUGGGAGGGGCAGGAGGGGGAGUAAUGAGAGGGGGGGUGAUGGGAGGGGGAGUGAUGGGAGGGGGAGUGAUGGGAGGGGGAGUGAUGGGAGGAGGAGUGAUGGGAGGGGGAUUGAUGGGAGGAGGAGUAUUGGGUGGGGCAGGCGCAGGGGUUAUGGGGGCAGAAAGAAUGGGAGGUACAGGGGCAAGGGCAAUGGGGGCGGAAGGAAUGGGAGGGACAGCGGCAAGGGUAAUGGGGGCAGAUGUAAUGGGAAGGGGGGGAACAGGGGUUAUGGGGGGAACAGGAAUAUUGAUUCACCCUGGUGUGAGUGUAAGUGGGGGAGGAGGUGUGUUGCUUCCCCAGGGUGUGCUUGUAACGGGAGUGAAUGCUCCCCCUUAUAACGCACACCUGUCCCCGGUUCAGCAGUUGCGGCAGGAGAAGAGGUGGAAGGAGAGGCAGAAGAAGCAGCAGAAUGUGGACUAG